UCUUAAACAAUUAAAAUUUCACUUGAAAAAUGGCUACAGAAAUAAGAGAGGCGGAGCAAAACGCUUCUGUUUCUGAUUCAGAUUCAGGACAAUCAGAUUUUAUUGAAACAAAUGAAAUACCUGGAAAGAGUAGUAAUACGUUGCUUGUGGCCAAUGAUUCUUUUGAAGAUUUAAGCUAUGCAGAACUUAAUAAUACUAUAGUUGCUUCUCCUAUGGGAACUAUAAAUUCCUUAGUGAAGAAAAAAGCGAAAAGAUCACUUUCAUUACCUGAAAGAGAACAUGUUGAAGAUACUGUUUCAGAGUCUGAAGUGGACGAUUCUGAGGUGGAAACUUCUGAAAUCUGUGAUGAUUCUCAAGUGGACAUGAUUGAGGCAAGGGUAACAGAAUUAUCAUUACAAGAAACUACAUCCCAGACAGCUGAUGCUCAAAUACCACAUCUGAUGACAAAUACAGAUACAGAUUAUGUCAACUCUCCUGAGUGGAAGAGACAAAAGAAACAUAUUUUCAUUUUGAGUGAGUCUGGGAAACCAAUCUACAGUAGGCACGGCAAUGAAGAUAAGUUAGUCACUAUCAUGGGAGUCAUGCAGGCUCUGGUUUCAUUUGUAGCAGACAGCAACAAGGACACAUUACGUUCCAUUGUAGCUGGAGAUCACAAGUUUGUCUUUAUGACCCGUGACCAUCUUACAUUUGUUGGAGUCACAAGAGGCAAAGAAUCCACUCAGCAAAUGUUUCUUCAGUUGACUUACAUGUACAAUCAAGUUAUUAGCAUUCUCACUCAUUCCACACUGACACGUAUAUUUAAGCAACAUAGAAAUUAUGAUUUAAGAAGACCUCUUAGUGGAGCCGAGAAGUUUUUUGACAACUUGUUGAAUUUAAUGGAUGUUGAGCCAGGUUUAUUACUCACAUCAGUUCGAUGCCUGCCUUUAGAUAGCAAUGUACGAGAUAUUGUGUCACAAACUAUAGCACAACAUGCCAAAGUUAAAGAUUUAGUGUUUGCAUUGAUAAUAGCACAAAAUCAAUUGGUUGCUGUAGUCAGAAUGAAGAAAUAUUACCUUCAUCCAAUGGACCUUCACCUCAUUUUAAACCUUAUUAAUGCAUCAGAGUCAUUUAAGGCAGCUGAAUCCUGGACACCAAUUUGUUUACCAAAAUUUGAUGCUGCAGGAUUUCUUCAAGCCCAUGUUUCCUAUUUGGAUGAAGAAUGUCAAACAUGUUUAUUGCUUCUCUCCGUAGACAUUGAGGCAUUCUAUACACUAUCUGAAUGUAAAGCUAAAAUACAAGAGAGACUAAUCAAGUACAAUGCUUUAGCAGCCAUCAACAAUUCUUUGAAGCGCAACUCCUAUUCUAUACAGCAGUGCAGUAUCAGUGACUUAAGACAUUUCUUGUACAAGUCUCGCAGCACAGCUCAGUACACAAGUCCUGAACUAGAGGCUCCAUACAACACAAAAGAAGAAAAGGAACGUCUGUUUGGACUGUACUAUUACCUUCAUGACAGGAUACACACUUCAGGGAGAACAUUAAAAAUAUUGUUUCACGUUGGGGCUUAUGAAACUUUAUUGGGCUGGGUGACUACAGGCUUUGAGUUGUAUGCUGUGUUUGGCCCUUUAGUUACAAAGAUGAGUGCCAUCCAUGCUGUGAACAAAUUGUUGAGGUGGAUCAAGAAGGAGGAAGACAGAUUAUUUAUAUUAAGUUCUGUGACAUUCUGAUCAUUCCAGCUCAAGUUUUUUUUUGUUCCAGUUUUCUGUGAUAUACUUUAUUAUUUCUUGUGAGCAUCAGUUUUCUGACAGGACAAAACAAAACAGAAUGCAUAACUUACUGUUUAUCUUUAAGUAAAUAAUGACUCUGUACAUAUCAUCAGUCUUUAAUUCUACUAGUCUCUAUUGUCAUUAGUUUCACUUGCUUUUUAAAACACUUUAGACAGAGUUGGUUUAUACCAGAAAAUGAUUUAGCUAUAAAUUUGAAUACAUGUAGUCACACAUCAUUGUUUGCAGAAUAUUUAUUUGAAAUUCUGAUUUUUACAUUAAUUUUAAACCCAUUCUGUCUACCUUAGCAAUAAUGACACUAUUUGAUUAUUUAUUAGAAUAAUUUAAAAUAAUUGCAUUAUAUUCAAACAUAAAGUCACAUGGUCCUAGAACACUCACUAGUAGGUAAAACUCUAGGCUUUUACUCAAGAUAUUAUUUUUUUUAAAAGGGUACCACACUUUUGUAUGUAUAUACUCUUGAUGUAUGACACUUUAUAUGGACUAUUUCAUUACUAACAUAUGCUGCAUAUUAAUGACAUUAAGGAAUAAUUAUUAUAUUUUAACCAAUAUGUUCUUGGUCUUCAAGGGGUGGUUUUACAAACAUAGUGACUUGUACUAGCUAGUGAUAUUUAGGAUAACUAUCAUGUACAAUAUAUAUUAUAUGGGCUUCAUAUAUUUCAGUUAGUUCACACUGUGUACAAAAAAUGUCUUUUAACAAAUUUGUUUGGAUGAUUUUUAAAUGCAAUAAUUCAAUCCAAUGUUUAUUUAUGCCUUGUUCAAAAUACAUCUAAAAAUAUUUCGUA